UAUUUUGAAAGGUCGUCCUAACUCGGAAACGGAAGUUGUGCUUGCUGUUGCUGUUGCUGUUGUUGUUGCUGUUGCUGUUUGGACCAGAAGAGGUACAUUAACUGCACUGAAGGACAAUUACACGUUUGUUAUUAUUACUUUAUUCAAAAUCCAAAAUGGAUAAUGGCAGUGAACCAAAACCACCGGAUAACAAAAAGCGGUAUUUUUGUGAAACUUGCAAUGUGUCGUGUACAAGCACUUGUGAUUUUAAGCAACAUAUGGCAGGUCGUAAACACAAAUUGCGUGCUGAGGCAGUUAGCAAAGCAAACCGCUCACUAACUUCUACAAAGAACCCAGCAGAGAAGAAACCCAGCGAGAACACAAAUACCACACAAUGCAGCCCAGCAGAGAAGAAACCCAGCGUGAACACAAAUACCACACAAAGAGUGAAACCCUGGAAGGUGCAAAAUUUGAAAACCCUGGAGCCCUCACUUCAAAUUAGGCAUCAUCACGAGCCUAUUAUUGGUCUGCAGCAUGUGGUUGAGUUCCGUAACACCAAUAAUGAGUUCCCUCCACAUUUCUUAUGCAAGCUGUGCAAAGUCAAAGGAAACGCGGACAUCAUUGUUAUGCACAUCAUUAGUACGAAACAUCGCAGCAAAUAUCUGAAAUUGAAACCUGCUGGUAUGAUCCCUGAGGAUGACUUGGGAGAUGUACCACUGAACAAGAAAAUAAGAAAGAAGGCAAUGCUUCUUGAGCAGUUGGAAGGAAGGGGUGUAAUAAAGGUAAAAAUGUCAAGACAAAGUCUGCCUUUUAAAAAUUCAAACCCUGAACCAGGUUGGAGAUUUCCUAAUGUUGGCCCAGGUGGAAUGAACCCCAAUGAUUUCCCCCCUGGAAUGAACCCCAAUGAUUUCCCCCCUGGAAUGAACCCCAAUGAUUUCCCCCCUGGAAUGAACCCCAAUGGUUUCCCCCGUGGAAUGGACCCCAAUGAUUUCCCCCGUGGAAUGCACCCCAAUGAUUUCCCCCCUGGAGUGAACCCCAAUGAUUUCCCCCCUGGAAUGAACCCCAAUGAUUUCCCCCCUGGAGUGAACCCCAAUGAUUUCCCCCCUGGAGUGAACCCCAAUGAUUUCCCCCCUGGAGUGAACCCCAAUGAUUUCCCCCCUGGAGUGAACCCCAAUGAUUUCCCCCCUAGAAUGAACCCCAACGAUUUCCCCCCUAGAGUGAACCCCAACGAUUUCCCCCCUAGAGUGAACCCCAAUGAUUUCCCCCCUGGAGUGAACCCCAAUGAUUUCCCCCCUGGAGUGAACCCCAAUAAUUUCCCCCCUGGAGUGAACCCCAAUGAUUUCCCCCCUGGAGUGAACCCCAAUGAUUUCCCCCCUGGAAUGAACCCCAGUGAUUUUCACCCUGGAAUGAACCCCAAUAAUUUCCCCACUGGAAUGCCCCAUGGAGAUUUUUCCGCUGGCAUACCCCAAGAUGAUAUUCCUUGGAUGCACCCUGAUCCUUUUCCAAGUAGAAGGAACUCGGAUUACCCUGGAAGAAGAUGUCCUGAUGAAUUUCCAGGUGGAAGUUUUCAUGAAGGCAGCCCUCUUAGAGGGGAGAGGAUGAGACCUGAAAUGAGAGACUUUGAAGCUGGAGUGAGAAGUGAAUUUGAAACACUCAUCAGAAGACAAAGAAUGGAACACAUGGCUCCAAUGGAAGGUAAUGAAGUCUACAAGAGAACUCUUGAAGGGAGCUCCACAAAUUCUACAGUCUUUGAAAUUCUGGAAAACUUCCGUAUAGAAACUGAGGGCGAUGCACAGAUGGUUCUGAAGAUCACACAGAAGCUGACUGACAUACUGAUGGAGUAUCGGCUGAGAAGUUUUUCAGCGCCUAAAAGCAAUGAACAGCCCUCUGGUCCUCAGGAAUAUCCUCCGAUGAGAAUGUCUGGAAGAGAUGGCUACCAAGGUCCAUCUGGGUAUCCUGAUGAAUUCUCAUCUGCUUUCAGGAGUACGUCGGGAAGGAGCUGAAACACAGUCCCUGUUCUGAACGGACAGAAUCACAAACACCCUGUUUUACUGCAGUAAAAUUCGCAUGGAUUUCAGUUAUUCCAAGCAAAGGCAACGAAGAAGUGAAUACCAGGGAAUAAUUUCUGCCACUUUUUAAACAACAUUUACUGUAUUUGCUCGAUACAGCACCCAGUUGCUUAUUUUCUCAAUCUUCUGUAUACCUGAGCAGUCAUUGGGAUAAGGGCAUCUAUUAGAGAGUGGGUGUUAAUUGGCCACUGUGAAAUCAAUGCAGCACCACUUUAUAUCUCUAUCUAUCUAUCUGUCUAUAUAUCUAUAUGUAUAUAGAUAUAUAGGGAGAGAUAGAUAGAAAACAAAACAGUGGUACAGUAUUUGUCAGAUAGUUCACUUGAAUCUUUUACAGUGGUUGAAUCCUGAUCUUGGACUUUUUAAUGUGAGUAAGGGCUGAUAGUUAAGACAUAGAGCUAUAUCGAGUAUAUACGGUAUAUUCAACAUUUUUUUUUUUUUUAGGAUGAAAGGUCAAAGUUACAUAUGUGCUGAAGGUGAUACAUGAUGAUAAAAUGUAAUUUCUUUUUUUAUUAUUAUUUUUUUUUUGCAAGCGUAUGUACUAAAUUGUGGGUAUUGUGGGUGUCUCUUUUUAUGAUCUAAAUAGAGGUGGAUCUUCAUUCCAAAACUUGUAAACCUGCUGUUUUGCAGACCAUUUUCCAAAGGUUUGUUUUUAUUGUCAGUUGAUGUUUAAUAAGAGGGUCAAUAAAUCACCUUUGGGAAGGAAAACACCAGCAUGAUUAAUGCAGAGUUGCACUUGUCAUAUAAACCUCGAAAGACUGGCAAGACUUUCCACGAAUGUAUUGGUACCCCAAAUGUAAUCCAUUUACCACCAAUGCAGAACAGCUGCAUAGGAUGUUCGUUUUACUUCACAAAACGGCUGCUGUACGUACAAAAAAGAUCAAAUAAUUAGGGCAACUCUGUACUUGUGUGACAUUUUGCUCAUUAAAAUCAUUUGCAUUUGGAUAUUCAGUAACCAAAUGGUCUGAGGUGGGGUAAAACUGUCAAUAUAUGUCCCAUAAAUCAUUGCAAACAAGAAACUGUUUCCCAACGUGUUUUCAGUGCCACUGGAGGUAGUACAUGGGACGCCUUGUAUGCCAAGUUCUAGUGAGUGGAAUAUUUUGAAUGCAGUACGUACUGUGUAUAUUGUAAACAUCAGAAAUGUCAUUACAAUGUUCAAAAAUGUUGUGUGAAGAUCUGUAACAUAUGGGGGCCAGUGACAAUUGUCUUACUAGUAAGAAGUAAGAAAUAGAUUUGUAAUACUUUGGUUAGUGUUCCUUUUAACCCACUGCAUUAUCCUCAAGCCCAUCUAGUAAAAGUACUCCUGCAUGGAGUGAGUAAUGUGAGUGUGGUUCUAAUCCCAUUCUUUCUGGUCUUGGCAAGCAAGUGUUUUGUGUAAACAAUACCCAAAGGGGUCAUCUGUUAGUAUUCUUGUCUUACGUGAAGACAUUCCAAAUUUGUUUGUGUUCUAAUAUAUUUGGAACCAAAUGAAAUAUUGCAGGUGUUUUAUUGUUUUGUUUUUUUUAAUAAAUUUCUAGACAGUU